GCGUAGCUGCAGUGAAGCUUCCUGUCACCAAACGUUAAGGUGAAGGCAGACUUUUAUUGGUGUGACAUCACUCCCACUUGCUUGACUUGAAACCAGAGGCGAGGUUUAGGGUUUGGGGAACAAGUCCAGGGAGCUGCAUCAACUGAUAAGACAGGAAAUGUGUGUAGUUUAAAAUAAGGCAACGGUUCGAACUCGGUUCUUUAGCUUAGUCUAGGUUUUAGUUUAGGUCUGGAAUUACAGCUUCAGUUUGGCAAGUUGACAUCGGUCACUCGCUAGGGCUCGACUGUGCGGUGUGUGGCCAUACACACCCUAACUCGGGGAUAUGGCAGCUCUUAGCGGGGUGAAGAUGUUGCUGCUCUUGGCUGCGAUCAUCGGUUUGGCCAACUGUCAAUCAACUGCUGUUUCAUCCUCCUUGCCUCCAAGCACCACCACCACAACUGCUCCUUCAUCUCAAGCAACCACCCUUAAUGUUAACACCUCACCUCCAAGCACCACGGUAGCAGCUACCACGUCAGAAGCUACUACCAGUGGCACAGACAGCGUAACUCCUACCCCCACAUCUCCAAGCACCAUGGUAGCACCUAUUAACAAUUCAGAAGCUACUACCAAUGGCUCAGACAUCUCAACAACUGCCCCCAUACCUCCACUCACCUCUACAUCCCUCAACUCAACCUCCUCAUUUCAGUCUAACAUGACUACAGCACCGUCCGCCUCCACUCCUCCUACAAGCAUCUCAAACACAACCACUCCUCCUACAACCACUCCAUCCACCCUCCAACCAACCUCUCUAACAGACAGAACUCAAAACCAGACCUCACCUCCAGUCACCACGGUGAAAAACGCCACCAAAGACUCAACACGUCCAAAGUGUUCUUACACUGUUACACCCAUUGAGUUUGGUUUAAAGAUUACAGUAAAGAACUUCACCACUGGAAACUACAGCAUCAGUAUUUCUGAAAAAGACGGAUCAGAGACAAAGACGUACACUGAGUUCUCCAAUGAAAACUCAUCACGUGAAAUCAAACACCUGAAGCCCUGUACUGACUAUGAGCAUAGAGUUACUUUCAUUAACAGUGAUGGAAAUGAAACACCCUGUGACUCUGACCAAGAUGUGACUACGACAUCUACAUUGAGUGAAGUCGACAUUAAAGAUGUCAGCUGCAUGUCUGGAUAUGUUUGUUACCAAAGUGACUGGAACAUCAGCUCUUCACUGUCAACACAAGAUAAGAUUCAAUGCAACAAGAAAACACAAAGUAAAACAUGGUGUGUCAAACCUGGUUACGAGGACAUUUGCUCAAAUUUUACUUCAACCUUCACGUGUGGGAACCCUCCUUUUAGUCGCACCACAUUCAUCUCUCUUGAUUUCUUAGAUCCAAGUGACAUAAAUCAGACUCCUCCAACUGAACUUCCUGCAGAAAUUAAACCAGUGUUUCCACCAAAGUGUCAGAAUCUCACCGUUAAUUACACCUGUUCAGAAAGUGGAAAAGUCGACGUCUACAAGAAACUGUCUGAGCUGGAGCCCUUCACAGAAUACAGCUGUACUGGUCAGAUCAAGAAGAACAACGUCUUCAUAGAUAAAACAACUCCACCCAUUAGUGUUUAUAUUGACUGUGGUUUUAAAAUAACCGUUGUGAGCAAAAACCGAACCGACACGUCCAUUGAGCUGAGCUGGACAACAACUAGUGACAACUGUCAACUUGACCUCAACACACUUGAGAAGCUUUCUCAUGUGUGUAGCUGUCAUGAAACUUACAGUCAUAAACCUACUCAAAUCGUCACAAAUCCAGGCCGUGAUGGAGGGAGAUGUACGGCUACUGGAUUAAAACCAUUCACUGAUUAUACCUGUGAAAUCAAAUCCAUCUACAACAACAAGGAAGUUGCUCGAAAAAAAGAUGUUACACUGAAAACUGAGCCUGGAAGACCAGAACCUAUUCCACAACUUGAUGUGUCUCAUCCAGAGAAUAAUGUGAUUAUAGUGACCUGUAAAUAUUCUGGUCCUUUGAAUGGACCUAAGAGGAUAUACAGAGUACGUUUUAAUAAUCAAGACAUGCCUGAGAAGGACAAAUGUGAGUUUGAAUUCAGAGAUCUGAGCUACUCUACGAGCUACGAAGUGAAGGUGAUUGUCUGGAAUGGACACCAUGAGAGUAAUCCCACAAUAAAAACAGUGACCACUUUCUAUAACGACAAAGCCGUCAUUGGGUUCCUGGUUUUCCUCAUCAUCCUCACGUCUGUGGCUCUGCUCUUGGUCCUCUACAAGAUCUACGUUCUGAAACGCAGGAAGUCGCAUGACCUGACUGAACAAAUGCAGCUCAUCAGUACAGGAAAUGAUGAAGAAAGCCUCAUGCCAGUUGAACCGAUUGGAGCGGAGGUCCUCCUGGAAGCCUACAAGAGGAAGCUGGCUGAUGAGGGAAGGCUGUUCCUGGCUGAGUUUCAGAGCGUCCCCAGAAUCUUCUCCAGAUACACGGUGAAAGAGGCCAAAAAGGCCUGCAACUCCAUCAAGAACCGCUACGUGGACAUCCUGCCAUACGAUUACAACCGUGUCCCUCUGACAACAGGAAAUGGAGAAGCUGGCUGCGACUACAUCAACGCCAGCUUCAUUGAUGGUUACAAUGAGCCCAAGAAGUACAUUGCAGCUCAAGGACCCAAGGAAGAAACCGUGGCUGACUUCUGGAGGAUGAUCUGGGAGCAGAAGUCCUCUAUUAUCGUCAUGGUGACGCGCUGUGAAGAGGGAAACAGGGUCAAGUGUGCACAGUACUGGCCGUCCCCCGAGAGAGAAACCGAGAUCUUUGAGGAGUUCAUAGUGAAGCUGACCUCAGAGGACCUGUGUCCGGAUUACACCAUUCGCCAUCUCACCCUAACUAAUAAGAAGGACAAGAACACUGAGAGGGAGGUGACCCACAUCCAGUUCAUGAGUUGGCCGGACCACGGUGUCCCGGGAGAGCCGCACCUCCUCCUGAAGCUGAGGCGGCGGGUCAACACUUUCAAAAAUUUCUUCAGCGGCCCCAUCGUUGUUCAUUGCAGCGCGGGAGUCGGAAGGACGGGCACCUACAUCGGCAUUGAUGCCAUGAUGGAGGGUCUGGAGGCCGAGGGCAGAGUGGACAUCUACGGUUAUGUCGUCAGGCUGCGCAAACAGAGAUGCCUCAUGGUUCAAGUGGAGGCCCAGUACAUCCUGAUUCACCAGGCCCUGCUUGAACACAACCAGUUUGGGGAGACGGAGAUUCCUCUGUCCGAGCUUCACAGCACACUGAGCACGCUCAAACAGCAGAACCAAGGCAGUGAGCCCAGCUUAAUGGAGGAGGAGUUUGAUAGACUCCCCACCUUUAAAAACUGGAGGACCUUCAACGCGGGUCUCACAGAAGAAAACAAGAAGAGGAAUCGCUGUUCUUCUGUCAUCCCAUACGACUACAACCGAGUGUUCCUGAAGCUCGACGAAGGACGCAGCCAAGAUAGCGACCCAGACGAAGAUGAUGAGGAGGAGGAGUCAUCGGAUGAAGAGGAUGAAGAGUCCACUAAAUACAUCAAUGCUUCCCACAUCGAUGGUUACUGGGGCCCACGUGCCCUCAUCGCAGCCCAGACACCUCUGCCAGACGUCAUGGGCGACUUCUGGACAAUGGUGCAUCAGAAGAAAGCUUCUGCUGUGGUCAUGCUUUCAGAAACCAGUGAUAAGGAUUCUGACGCCGUCUACUGGGACAAAGAGAAGAAGACGUACGGGGAGAUUGAGGUGGAGGUGGUGAACACAGAGUCCUCCCCGGCUUUCAUCAGUCGCAGCAUGUUGAUCCGUCACGUCAAGCGGAAAGAGAGUCGUCCGGUGAAACAUUACCAGUUCCUGAAGUGGGGGAGCACAGACCUGCCAGAGAAACCUCAACAUCUCACAGAUAUGAUCAAGGACAUUAAAAGCCACAAAUUGCAGAGGAGCAUGCCAGUCGUGGUCCACUGCAAUGACGGCUCGUCCCGCUCGGGUAUCUUCUGUGCGCUGUGGAACCUGCUGGACAGCGCCGAGACCGAGAAGCUGGUGGACGUCUUCCAAGUGACCAAAACUCUGCGCAAGGAGAGACAAUCCAUGAUCUCCAGCCUGGAGCACUACCAGUUCUUGUACAGCGCUCUGGAGGGCACCUUCCCCGUCCAGAACGGGGAAGCGAAAGCCGUCCAGGCCGCCACAGCCGCCACAGCCGCCUCAGUCCAGAUAGUUGAUGAAACCAAAGCUGCAGAGAAGCCGGCAGAGGAGAAGGCCGAGCAGCCUGCCAGCACUACCGACACCAACCAGCAGGCGGCGGAAGCAGCCGAGAGCACUCCUCUGGUGGCCGACGGAGACAAGGAGGACAAGAAAGAGGAGCCUGAGAAGGAGUCCAGCGCCCCCACGGAGACGACACCACUGGAGGACACCAGCAACGGGCCCACUGUCACCGUGGAGGCCUGAGAGAAGCCGCAGGUUUACGUCUGCAUCCUUUAAUUCUUCUGGUUUUUUGUUUUCGUUUUUUCAAUGGUACUUCCUGAAUGUAUAAACAUUGUAAAGCUUUAACACAGUAUGGUUUUAGUUAAAGUUCUUUGAAUUGGAUUCAUUUUUAUUUUAUGACCAUUUAUCAGCAGCCUAUAAUAGAAUAUAAACUAAGUUAUAAAUAGUUUUAGUGGGUUUACAGCUGUUUUCAAACUGGAGAGGAGGACAUAACCAAAAACAAAGCAUUUUAAAUAUCACGUAAAUAAAUGGUUGUAUCAUGUGUUUUGAUGGAGUUACCGUAUUUGUAUUAGUUAUUUUUUUUUAUUAUUAUUUCCUGCUAAAUAAACCAAAGCUGUUGUCUACAUUUAUAUAUACAGUACUGCAUCUGGUCCAGCUAAAUAAUGAAUACUGUUCAUUUCUAAAUGCAUGUGAUACUUUGGCUUUCAUUAAAAGAUAUUUACAAUAACA